GAGACAAAAUGGAGACUGAUGACGAGAAAUCUAAACUUGCAAAACUUUUACAAGACCUCGAAGUCCCAGAAUUGAAAUUACCAGAAAAAUGUAACGAUGUAAUUAGAUAUAUCCGUCAAAAGUUUGAAACAGAAAACGACGAGGAACCAUUCGCCAUGGAGGAAUAUGACAACCCUUAUGUUGUGGACAAAAAUCUGCUUCUAGAAAACGAAAGAAAACUAAAAGAACUAAUAGCAGAAAGCAGACGGGAGAAAAGAGAUUUAAAUAUCAGUUUGUCAGAAUCAGAUAUUAAAAGACCAUGGAGAAUAAAUUCACACAAAGAAAAACUCGCUAGAAUAGACAGCAAACUAAAAAGACAUUCAGAAAAAUCCAAAGAAGCUAUUAAUCCAGUGGAAGAGAAUCAAAUGAGAUUCUUAAUUCAGGAAUGUGAAAAGGAAGGUCAGGUUUCAUGUCCAGUGUCGGCAAACCGCUUACAGGAAAUUGUUUUAGAAGCAAAGAAAGAUCUUCCCAAUUUUCAAUAUCAAGUUCAAAAUACUACAGCUACUAAUAUACUGCCAGAAGCUCAUACCGUUGUUAAUAAAAAAAAUUAAAAAAGUUUAGCGUCGU